GCGCCAUAAAUUGCAGCAGAGGGCAUCGGAUCACAUGGGCACACCAGGCGGCUAAUGGUGGUGGGUAGCACGUAGAUUAUUGGACCCAAUCGACGAGCCAAGAAGACUAGCAGCAAUGGACAGGACGAGGCGCGGGAGGCGGCUCCUCGUGUCGCUCUGCUUCCUCUGCCUGGCCGUGCUGCUCCCCGGCGCGCUGCUGGCGUCGCCGGCGGCCGGGAGGAAGCGGCGGCAGGCCGGGUUCGACCACUACGUGCUGGCGCUGCAGUGGCCCGGCACCGUCUGCCGCCAGACCAACCACUGCUGCAGCUCCAACGGCUGCUGCCGAUCAAACCCUCUCAACUGGUUCACAAUCCAUGGGCUGUGGCCGCAGUACAGCUACGGUGGGUGGCCGUCGUGCUGCAGGCCAACCACCACAUUCAACAUGAACAAGAUCGCGAUGCUGAAGCCGAUACUGGAGAAGUACUGGCCGUCGCUCUACUGCGGCGACACCUCCACCUGCUUCGGCGGAAGAGGCCCCUUCUGGGCCCACGAGUGGGCGACUCAUGGGACGUGCGGCUACCCUGAGAUACAGGACGAGUACGACUACUUCUCCACGGCGCUCUACCUCUACAGCAAGUACAAUGUCACGAAAGCUCUGCGGAAAGCACACAUCUACCCGCGGAACGGCCGCAAGUACGCGGUGGCGCACAUCGUGGACGCCAUCGACCACGCCUUCGGGCGGCUGCCGCACCUCGUCUGCAAGAACGGCUCCGUGCAGGAGCUCAGGCUCUGCUUCCACAAGGACUACCAGCCCCGUGACUGCGGGUCGGAGGACGACGAGGCGUGGUCGUCGAGCAGGAGAAGCCAUUGCCCUCGCUACGUCACCCUCCCACAGUCUGCGUUGGGGAACGCCACGGAGGGCCGCCUGCGGAACCGAGCGGAGAACGUGCCGCGCGCGCACGGGCAGAGCUACGUAUAGCCAGCAGUCACAGCCGGGCGCUGUCGGACUGCUCCAUCCAAGUGUGUCCUGAAGCCUGACGACGCACGCAUGGCCGAGGCGCUGCACGGUGCGACGGGACGCCGCCGUGGAUCGGCCGGGAAACUCCCGGCCAGAGGCAGGGCAAUCGUCGGUUCAUGCCGCUGUGACUGAUUAAUUAUUCUGCGCGUUCGCUUGCACGAUGUGUGCAGGCUCUGCUCUGCACAAAGAAUUGACGUUGCAGUCCUGUAUGUACAUGAUAUUGAGCAUCAAGGAAUAUUGUACUGUAGGUAGCAUCAAGGAAUAUUUGUAUACGACAAAAAAUACGAGAGAUCGAGCGGAGCCGUCGCUGUAUCUUCUGUCAAUGCUAGUGUGCGUCAUUUUUUUC